AUGGGCAUAACACCAUUCGAGAUAGGUAAUGCAACUGUUCAGUGGCAAAAACGUAAGUUGGUGAACGCGGGCGGUGGUGCAGGGGAAGCGAACAUUAACCCUUUCUGCAGUUCAUUCGCCGUCUGGCCUCACCCCUGCAACCCACCCACGCGCCCCUUCGCACCGACUCGUCUGCACGUUGGCGUGCUGCAAACCAACGCUUUUCGAUCUACCUACAACAGGCGACUCCGCCCUUUUAUGCUGAAAAUUUCUGAUGGCUUCGCGUGGGUUCAGCGC